GCACUCCGAUGGAUGGAUGGAUCCGGCCCUCUCUCUCUACUGGCCGGUCGGCUGGCCCUGAUGGCUACUAUAGCUAGCUGGGAGCUGCGGGCGUCGAUCGCUAGAUAGAUGACACAGAACUCACUCCACCACUCGUUUUUCAUGGAACCCUAGACGAAAAGUACCCUUGCUCUCCAUCUCCCUCUCGUUCUCCCCACCCCCACGGCCGGCCGGCCCCGGCCCGCUAGCAGCAAAAGAGAUCCCGUCCGAGAAGGGCGCUGCCGGCCGGCGCUAGCGCAUAUAUCUGUGUCAUCGCCAUCACCCACACCAUGGCCAGGGCAACACCACCAUACUAGUGUCUGUCGUCGCGCGUCCACCUGCGACGACUGUGAGCUAUAGCAGCCAUCGAUCUCGGCGAGCUGUGUGCCUGUCCUUGCCGCCGUCCUCCCCUCCCCCUCCGUCCCCUACGAAUCCAUUUCCGUGUGUGCUUGUGCUUGUGCUCCUGCUCCCUCCCCUCCCAGCUAGCUAGCCGCGACCUGCACCUGCACCACAGAUCGGCCGGCCGAUCGAUCGAUCGAUCAUAAAUUAAGCAGCUAGCUAGCAGCGAGAGGAGAAGAUGAUGAACUUAUCGGCUGCCGCCAACGCCGCCUGCGAUGAGUUCCCCUACGUGCCGUCCAACGCGGGCGCCGCUCCCCCUUCUCUGCUCCCAAUCAUGGACCAGGAGAACAGCAUCCAGAGGGAGCAUCAUCAUCAGCUGGGCUACAACCUCGAGGCCAACUCCCUGGCUCUGCUCCCCCCGUCCAACGCCGCCGCCGCCCACCACCACCACCACCACGCCACCACCAUCGCCGGCCACAGCCCCCACGACAUCCUUCAGUUCUACCCUGCCUCCGCCUCGCACUACCUUGCUAGCGGCGGCGGCGGCGGCAACCCCUACAGCCACUUCGGCUCCGCCGGGACCGGGAGCACCUUCCACCAGUCGUCGUACUACCCGCCGGCAGCGCCCGAGUACUACUUCCCCACCCUCGUCAGCUCCGCCGAGGAGAACAUGGCCAGCUUCGCCGCCACGCAGCUGGGGCUCAACCUCAACUACCGGACCUACUUCCCGCCGAGAGGCGGGUACACGUACGGCCACCACCCGCCGCGCUGCCAGGCCGAGGGAUGCAAGGCCGAUCUCUCCAGCGCCAAGCGCUACCACCGCCGACACAAGGUGUGCGAGCACCACUCCAAGGCGCCCGUCGUCGUCACCGCCGGUGGACUGCAUCAGAGGUUCUGCCAGCAGUGCAGCAGAUUCCAUCUCCUGGAUGAGUUCGAUGAUGCCAAGAAGAGCUGCAGGAAACGCCUAGCGGACCACAACCGUCGUCGCCGCAAGUCAAAGCCAUCGGAUGCUGAUGCCGGGGACAAGAAAAGGGCACAUGGGAACAAAGCAGCUGCUGCUAAAGACAAAGCAGGAAGCAGCAGCAAGAACAUGGACAUUGGAGAUGGGUUGGGUACACAGAUACUGGGAAGUGCACUCUUGUCCAAAGAACAAGAUCAAGCCAUGGAUCUUGGAGAGGUGGUGAAAGAAGCAGUGGAUCCCAAGGGGAAGGCAUCAAUGCAACAGCAUCACGGCAUCCAUCAACAGCAUCACGGCUUCCCCUUCCAUUCAUCAUCAGCAGGCUCUUGCUUCCCCCAGACCCAAGCCGUCUCGAGUGAUACCACAUCAAAUAUAGCUCAAGUGCAAGAGCCAAGCUUAGGGUUCCACCAUCAGCACCACCACCAACACAGCAACAUCUUGCAGCUCGGCCAGGCUAUGUUUGAUCUCGACUUCGAUCACUAGUCAAUAUGUGUGAUGCACUCUCUCGUUCUCACCCACCCACCCACCCUCUCGA